AUGCCGCCGAAGAGGAGAGCUCCCGCGAGGGGCGCGGCCAAGAAGGCCGCCGAUACCGCGGGCAAUAGGGAUAUCCUCAUCAUUGAGGUCAUCGAGGGACCUGCCACUGGCACGAAAUUCACCCCGACGGCUGAUGUGUUGCAGGUUGGCAGGACCAGGUCCAGCCAGAUCUACAUCAAGGGUGACCCUGCGGUGAGCCAGAAACACGCCUCCAUCACCUGGAACGGGAAGCAAUGGCGGAUCGUCGACCUGGGUUCGUCCAACGGGACCACCGUGAAUGAUGUCGAACUCGAGGAGGACGGCGAACCCAUGGCGCUCAGUGACGAGGACGUCGUCAUGGUGGGUACCGACACCACCGUCAAGGUGACCAUCGAGAAGCCCGCGGUGAAGGAAGCGGAGCCCGCGGUGAAGCAACCCGCGAAGGAGGAGAAUGAGGUCAAGGCUGUACCCAAGAAGAGGGGCAGGCCCGCCAAGAAGAAGGUGGCUGAGCCCGAGGCUGUCGCGGAGGACCCGGAGCCGCCGAGCAAGAAACCCGCCGCGAGGGGCGGCAGGGGUAGGAAGAAGGUCGAGCCGGAGCCCGAGCCGGAGGUUGCGAAGGAAUCCGAGCCCGUCGAUGAACCCACGCCGGAGCCCGAGCCGAUGGCGGAACCUGGGCCCGAGCCUGCUGUUGAGGAAGAGGAGGAGGACAACGACGACGACAAGGAGAACAUCGGCAUCACCGUCGAGCAGUUCAUCGCCGAGAAAGUUGAGGGGUUCAUCGCGAGCGCUCAUGAUGUGGCGACGCAGGAGGUUAAGGGCUUGAUGGAAAUGAAGGAGGAGGUUAAGGAAAACAUCAGGAAGCACUUCGCAGAGGUGGAGGCGUGAUGA